AUGCCGAUCCCUCCAGGACACCUGGGGAAUUUGACUCCGGAGCAAGAAGCAAAACUGCGCGAAUUCUGGGCUGCAACUUUGGCUGUGUUUGGCGUACAAGAUCCUCAUGAGACCAACGGGACUGAAACUCCGCAGACCGAAGACUCGCAAUCACUUGCGGAGGUGGACGGCAAAGAUAAGAAGAAGAGCAAAAAGCGACUGGGGAUCUUCAAGAGAAAAGGCGACAAAGACUCGAGUAACGGGACCGUGACGCCCACGAAAGAUCCCAGUCAACAUGCUGAUUCUGACGACAAAUAUGGCCAAGUGAAGGAUUUUCACCACACCCUAGCCACUCAAAGUCCCGAAGCGUUGCGGGCUGCAUUCUGGAGCAUGGUCAAAGCAGAUCACCCCGAUGCUCUAUUGUUGCGAUUCCUUCGGGCGCGCAAAUGGGACGUUGACAAAGCAUUGGUCAUGUUGGUGUCGACGAUGAAAUGGCGGAGUCAAGAGCAACAUGUCGACGAUGACAUUGUCUUCAAGGGAGAAGGAGGCGCGCUGGAGGACAGCAAAUCCAGCGACCCUGCGGUCCGGAGCGAGGGUGAAGAUUUCCUCAAACAAUUACGCCUGGGAAAGAGUUUUUUGCACGGAACGGACAAAGAAGGGCGACCGUUGUGCCAUGUCCGAGUGAGGCUACACAGGGGAGGAGAGCAGAGCGAACGGAGUCUAGAGCGGUAUACUGUCUACGUGAUCGAGACGGCGAGGUUGACGUUGAGAAGGCCCGUCGAGACCGCUUGUAUUAUAUUCGACAUGACCGAUUUCAGCAUGGCCAACAUGGAUUAUACCCCGGUCAAGUUCAUGAUCAAGGUAUUCGAGGCCAAUUACCCCGAAUCUCUUGGAGCAGUGCUCGUCCACAAAGCACCGUGGAUAUUCCAGGGGAUUUGGAAGAUUAUACGUGGUUGGCUAGACCCCGUGGUGGCUGGGAAGGUGCAUUUAACGUCCAGCGUGCAGGAUUUGGAAGAGUUUAUUGACCGAUCACGCAUCAUCAAGGAAUUGGAGGGCGACGAGGAUUGGGAGUAUCACUAUGUCGAGCCGAUCCCCGGUGAAAACGACGCCAUGAAGGACGAAGCCACACGGAAUGCCCUUCAAGCAGAGAGAGACGCUGACGUUCGGGAAUAUCAGAGAAAGACUUUUGAGUGGAUCGCCAAAGGUACCGGAGCCGACGUUGAUCAGAUCAAGGAGUACCGAAAUACCCUUGCCGGCAGACUGUACGACAAUUACUGGAAGCUGGACAAGCACAUCCGCGCCAGAACGUACUAUGACCGGACGGGCAUGAUUGGCCCAGAUGGGAAGGUCAAUUUCUACCCUCCUCCGCCGGGGAAGGGAGAAAACGCCAGCCUUCCGGGAUCCUCGAAUGUGCCUGAACCUGAAACGAGCGCCGACGAUGUGGACUGA